GCAUCCCAGAUAUAAUGCCAUCCUUGCCUAAUGAAGGAGAUAACCAAGGAACCACGUCUUUGACUUUGAGUUCAGGCCUAACUUUCCAAAACUCAAUAAGGAGAAAAGUCAGAGAGAAGAAAAAACAUGCAACCAUUACUGCGAAUAUUGCUGGCACAAAAUAUGAAAUUGUCCGGGUAGCAAUAGACGAAAUGGGAUUUGCGAAGACUCGGGAUGAUGACGAGACUGCAAACCUUAUCUGGAAUGACUGUGCUGUGCAGCAAGAAAAAAUUGCAGAUCUCCAGAACUACCAGAGAAUCAACCAUUUUCCUGGAAUGGGGGAAAUCUGUAGGAAGGACUUCUUGGCACGAAACAUGACCAAAAUGAUCAAAUCUCAGCCACAGGAAUAUAGUUUCAUUCCUCGGACGUGGAUUUUUCCAGCAGAGUUUACCCAGUUCCAGAACUAUGUAAAAGAACUUAAAAGAAAACGCCGACAGAAAACGUUCAUAGUCAAACCAGCUAAUGGGGCCAUGGGACAUGGGAUCUCCCUUGUCAGAAAUGCAGAAAAACUUCAUUCCCAGGACCACCUCAUAGUUCAAGAAUAUCUUGACAAGCCCUUCCUUAUGGAAGGUUACAAAUUUGAUUUAAGGGUGUACAUUCUGGUAACUUCAUGUGAUCCACUUAAAAUAUUUUUAUAUCAUGAUGGAUUAGUGAGAAUGGGCACAGAGAAAUAUCAUCCACCCAAUGAAUCAAAUCUGAGCCAGUUGUAUAUGCAUCUGACCAACUACUCUGUGAAUAAGCAUAAUGAGCAUUUUGAACGGGAUGAAACAGAAGACAAAGGCAGUAAGCGCUCUAUAAAGUGGUUUACUGAGUUUCUGCAAACAAAUCACCUUGACGUUUCCAAAUUCUGGAAUGAUAUUUCAGAGUUAGUUGUGAAGACACUUAUAGUAGCAGAGCCACAUGUCCUUCAUGCUUAUCGUAUGUGUAGACCAGGGCAACCCCCUGGAAGUGACAGCGUUUGCUUUGAAGUGCUGGGAUUUGACAUUCUGCUGGACAAGAAACUCAAGCCAUGGCUACUAGAGAUUAAUCGAGCCCCCAGCUUUGGUACUGACCAGAAAAUCGAUUAUGAUGUGAAAAAAGGUGUCCUUUUGAAUGCAUUACAGCUUCUCAACAUCAGGACAAGCGAUAAAAGAAAAAAUUUAGCCAAGCAAAAAGCUGAAGCUCAGAAGAGACUGUACGGCCAAGGGUCAAUGAAAAGACUGUCACCUAUAUCUUCUGACUGGGAAAAGCAACGGCGUUCUCUAGAAAGGAGGAGAGAAGAACUGAAAGAGAGACUUGCACAAGUACGCAGGCAGAUCUCCAAAGAAGAGCAUGAAAACAGGCACAUGGGAAAUUAUAGGCGUAUUUACCCUCCCGAUGAUAAACUUCUACUUGAAAAAUAUGAAGGUUUGUUAGCUACAGCUUUUCAAACAUUUCUUGCUGGGAGGGCAGCUUCACUUCAACGGGAAAUAAACAACCCUUUGAAAAGGAUGAAGGAAGAAGACAUAUUGGAUCUUCUGGAACAGUGUGAACUUGAUGAUGAGAAACUAAUGGGAAAAUCUGUCAGACCACGUGGACCAAAGCCUCUGUAUUCGAUGCCAGAAAGUGCACAAUUCAUGAAAAAGAACAAGAAUGACAGCAGUGGCAGUAGUCAUGAAAGCAGCAGUGACAUCUCUGAAUGGGAAGAGGAAGCUGAGAAAGAAGAUGAAAAUGGGAAGAAAGAGAAAAAUGUCACAUUUGAUCUCGAAGAUAGGAAAUUAAUAGAGCGAUCCAGCAGAAUGCACUGGAAGCAGCCUCUUAAAAAAGUCCCAUCUUAUGUGUCUGCCGCCUCCUCAACUAGUCCUAUCCGGCGUUCUGUAAGCUGCCCGCGAUCCAUUUCAGCUUUGGCUAUGCAAAUGCAAGCUGACAAACGCCCUUUCACAACCAAACCAUCAAUGCACCUCUCUCGGUCAUCACUUGCGAACAGGUCACACUCUUUAAACAGAGGUCCAUCUACUAUCAAAGUGUCUCACACUGCCAACCCAGGUUCAGUUCAUUCAUCUGGGGGUGAAAUGCAGCAGGGAACAAGGGAACAGGAAGAAUUAUUGACAAAGGAAACUUUAGCCAUUUUCAGUGACAUGAAGAUACGAUACCCAGGGAAAACAAAUGAAGAAGCAGAUCUGAUCAUUGACGAUAUAAUGGAUAACUGGAAAUACCAUAAAUCAAAAGUGGCAUCAUAUUGGUUAAUAAAAUUAGACUCUGUGAAACAGCGAAAGGUUUUAGACAUUGUGAAAGUCAGUAUUCGCUCUGUCCUGAAGCAUAUCUGGAGAGUUUCAGAUGUGGAAUGUUUACAUUUGUACCGACUUUUUAACCGUGUGUUUAAUCGCCUGCUCUGGAGCCACGGCCAAGGGCUGUGGAACUGUUUCUGUAAUUCAGGGAGCUCUUGGGAGACAAUAUUCAGUAAAAGCACAGAAGCUGUGACUGCCGAUCAACUCCAGUGUUGCCAACGAAUCGUUGAACUUUGUAAACAGUGCCUGCUAGUGGUUUACAAAUACUCGUCUGAUGUUAGAGGGACCAUCUCUGGAAUGAAUUCUGAUUGGGAUGACACCAGGUAUUUACUACCAGGACCGUUGCAAUUCAUCAUGAAACCCUCCACCGGUUUUGGGUGUAGCUCAUCUGGAAUGACUCGCUCGGUUUUGUUUACAUCUAAAUAUGACCAUUCCUGA